AUUACCAUCUAACAAGGAUUUCUUUUCUCUUUGCAGUGUUGCCAAUGGAGGUACUAAUGUACAUUUUCCGAUGGGUGGUUUCGAGUGACUUGGACCUAAGAUCAUUAGAGCAAUUAUCUCUUGUUUGUCGAGGAUUUUACAUUUGCGCCAGAGAUCCUGAAAUCUGGCAUCAAGUCUGUUUGAAAAUAUGGGGCAGGAGCUGCAAUAAACUUGUUCCAUAUGCCUCUUGGAGGGAAAUGUUUUUGGAAAGGCCUCGCGUUCGAUUUGAUGGUGUAUAUAUCAGCAAGACAAAAUACAUACGUCAGGGAGAACAAUCUCUUGAUGGUUUCUAUAGAGCGUGGCACCAAGUGGAAUAUUACAGGUAUUUGAGAUUCUUUCCAGAUGGUCAAGUUAUGAUGCUAACAACUCCUGAAGAUCCUCAAUCUAUAGUUCCUCGCUUACGGACUAAAAAUACAAGAACGGAUGCAAUCUUGCUUGGCCAUUAUCGCCUUUCCCAGGAAACAGACAAUCAAACCAAAGUAUUUGCUGUAAUAACAAAGAAAAAGGAAGAGAAACCAAUUGACUACCACAAAUACAGGUAUUUCCGCCGUGUUCCUGCACAAGAAACAGAUCACAGUUUUCAUGUAGGACUACAGUUGUGCUCCAGUGGGCGCCAGAGGUUCAACAAACUUGUCUGGAUACAUCAUUCUUGUCACAUAACUUACAAAUCGACUGGUGAGACAGCUGUUACUACUUUCGACAUUGACAAAAUGUACACCCCUUUGUUCUUUGCACGAGUGAAGAGUUUUACUGCAUUUUCAGAAAAGCCGCUCUAAGAAACACCUUUUCCUCUCACAACUCUUGCAUGAAUAAAAGGUUGUAGCUAAUGAACACUUAAGUUAUAAAUGUGUAUAUAUUUGGAACAUUUUAAAAUUUGGGGAAUUUUUUGAAGGCAGUAUGUUCUAUUUGAUUAUGAAUGGCUGGGGUUUUGUUUUGAGAUCAGGCUUAUGAGUAUUAAACCCCUUUACUUUGUGACAAGAAUUUGAUAACAAAGUUUUGUUGUUUGGUUUUGUUUAUUUGUUUGUUUGUUUGUUUUUAAACAGAUUUUAUAAAUCAGACUGCUUAAAAUGUGAGUCUUCAUCUGCCUGGACACUGGUUUGUCCAAAAGGAAAAUCUCGCUGUCCAUGGGACAGUGUGUGUGGGGUCUCUGGUGAAGGCUUGAAAUGUGAGGGGGAGAAAGUUGUCUUACAUCUGUUAAACUGUGUGACUUAAAAGAACUUCAAAUAAAUGUUUUCUUUAAAUUAAACUUAUUUUGUUUGCCUUUAAGAUCUGGCAUUUUGUCAACAUCAACCUUAAGAAAAAACAAUCAAGGGCAAGCAAACAUGAUGUAUAAAAUUUAACUGCAGAGGUACAUCCCCACCAAUGCAGUGAUGUCAGUUGGUCAUAAUGUAAUUUGAUCCUGAUAGAAGUUCAGUGGAGCCUGCCUUCGCCACAGGAUGGGCAUGAAGGGGAGAGCAAGUGAGUUGUUCUCUUGUUCUGUAGAACGAGUUUGCAGGGUAUGUGGCUCCGCUUGGGAAGUGUCACAGGGCAAUGGUGAAAUGCUGGUGUGUACUGCUUGUGCAUUGGCCAGAUCUGAAUGCACAGGUAAGCAGGGCUCACUUGGACGUGAUUGUAAUGUGUUAUAAUUCUUCAUCUAACCUUGCUCCAGAUGCUGUAAACCCUUUGAGCAUUUGUUGUACUAAGAUAAAUUUUGAGGCUGCUGUAGAUGUUCAGGUGCUGUGUACUGCUAAUGAUGAAGUGUACCUUGAGGUUUGGUGCAGGUACUGUACGCUGCUUCUCCUGCAUAUAUCGCUUGGGGGUGUAGUGCAGACACUGUAAUGCCGCUUAUUUUGUAUGUAUCUUGGAUUCUGAAAGAACUGAAGCUUUUUAGUGUAGUUUUUUAAAGCCAUUUUGCAUAAUUUACCUUUGAACAUCUUGUUUCAAAAUACUGACCUGGACUUGAGGACUAAAAUGUGAAAGCUGUGGGAAGAACUAUACUUGUUCCAUAAUUUAUAAAGUGUAUCUUUGCAAGGAGCUACAUGAUUAAAAAUACAUCAAUAAAUCAUGAUUUUGAACA